CAUCUCGCGAAGCAAUUUUCUGUUGUUUCUUUUCUGAGUGUACCUCAAAUGUCACACGCGAUACCAAAACAAAAUUUCGCCGCGGCACCUAAGAGGAAGAGGUGCCAAUGAGCUUCUUGUUUUUCUUUUCCACCUCUUUUUUUGACAACAUUGUGCCCUAUCAAACAUUUCGACGGGGUAGUGCGAAGAGGGAUACCGAGUUGCCAGAAAGUGUCAUUCUGUUGCAUCCUACUGCUUGUAGCGCACGCGUUUGUUUUGAUUGGAGUGGGUGGUUUUGAUUUUCAGUUUUUUUUUGUAUUUUUAACAUGAAGUGUAUGGUUGUUGGGUGUGGGAGGACACGGCGGACUGAUCCCUUGCUCAGCUUUCACCAAUUCCCGAAGGAUCUGUGUAUCCGACGUGCAUGGAUCAGCUUUUGUGUGAACAGCACGGAUGAAGAACUUCACUUCAAUGUGAAAGGCAGUACCCGCGUUUGUGAGAUCCAUUUUGUCGACGGCAAUGCCAAAAACUAUACAACCGGACCCAUUCCGGAUGAGCUUGGAGCAGAAAAUAAUGAGAACGUUGGAACACUAGUUUCCCGGUUGCGAGAGAAAGUGGUGAAAUUGGAACAGUAAUUUUUUGUAAUUAUUACUGUUUCCUGCUGAAAAUUACUGAGUAUUUUGACAAAGGGGGACAUAGGGGACAUUUGCCGAACCAUACGGGUUUUGGCAAUAUGGGUAUCAAAUUCAUCAUUUUCGAUACCGGACAUGAAAAUGGCCAUUCCGAUAAUGGUGGCCACAACCUGGGGGACAUUUAUCGAACCAUACACACAAGAUUCAUCCGCCUACGAUUGAAGACAUAUCAUCCACGAAAAUCGAGAAAAAUGAAGUUUGAUCUUCGUUUGAGUUGACUGAUUUUGUUGUUAUCACUUUUUUAUUUUAAACGGUUUUUGUUACUGAUUAAACAUGAAUUAAAACAUUACUUGAAAUAAAACCUUCAUUUAAUUAUUUGAAACAUAAAAUUCUACCCAUUCUGACAACACUGCCAAACGCGAUGGAUGAUGCCCUGUUGUAGUUUUUUGUCUACGGUGUCGACUGAGCAUCUGUCAAAUUUCGCUGGUUCCUGAGCUGGUUUCAAAACAGUUAGCGAGUCGGCAUCUCUUCCUCUUAG